CCACCAAAAAAAAAAAAAAAGGGUAAUUUUUUGAUUGGCUCAGCGUGUAAUUGCUGAGAAGAGAAAGGAGUUGUCACAUUAUAAAAGAGACUCUCAGCCCCACAGCCAAAACCCUCUGGAAAGAAGGGACCAAGCAUAGGUCUUGUGUGGCUUCUGGACUCACCUGAUACCUGUGACACAGUAAAUCCGAAGCCAUGAAGAUCCUUUACCUGCUCUUUUCUCUCCUCUUCUUGGCCCUCCAGGUUUCUCCAGGUUUGUCUUCACCUCAGCGGGAGAUGUUUCUCUGCAGAAGAGGGACCUGUCACUAUGGAAGAUGUCCCAUCCAUCUGAUCAGAGUUGGAAGUUGUUUUGGGUUCCGCUCCUGCUGCAAAUCGCCAUGGAAUUUACAGAAAAUUCAUGAACCUUCCAUUGAAGAGUGAUGAAAAUUUCUUCUAAACCUAUGAAUUUCCUUUGAAUACCCUUCCUGCUAAAACAACUGGAUCCUCCUGCAAAGCUUCAUGAACCUUUCAUUUUUAAUGCAAAAAGCUUUAUGAUGUAGAGUAAAUCUGAAUGCAUUCUGCUUUGCUUUUGCUCCUCUUGAAUAAAUUGUUGUUGCUUAGCAUUCA